AUGGAUAAUGGUAUAGAGCUCGCUCACCAAGGCGAAGCCACAGAUGCAAUCCAUGACGACUCCGGGGGCGUCUCGGAGGCCGCUGCGGCCCUCGCCUGCAACUGCUGCCGGCGCCGUAAGCUGCGAUGUUCCCGGGAGGUUCCAACAUGUCAACAAUGCCGAAAGACAGGAAGUGACUGUGUUUACGAGUCCAAGAGGUCUAAGCCGGGGAUGAAAGCCGGUGCGAUAGAGAAUCUGCAUCGAAGAUUAGAUGCUUUGGAGAGAACAGUUCACCAACAAAGGGUCAAUCCACCAGACAGAGACAGGAGGCAGUCUGGGACUGAUAGCUCACCCAUCCGUGAAAGCCCUCAUGGCAGCUCCGCUGAACUUGAGAAGAAUGCAUAUAGCAUCAUGUCAUUCUUCGCAAAAGAGCUGCAGAAAUUCAACUCUAAAACCGCAGGUUCAUUUGGUGAGGGGAAGACCUCGCACGAGACAGACAAUCAACCUCCAAGGGCCAAACGGCGCCGUUUAGACGAUCAUGAUGAAGUUCAACCUCUAGUCCUUGGUAUUGGCACACCGUCUUGUCCAGACGAGGAUGAGUUACAAACCGUCUUACAAGCAUAUUUCUCACAUGUCCACCCCUGGAUUCCCAUCCUGCACGAGGCGAGGUUCCGUCGCAGACUCGCCGAGCCAAGUGAGUUUGAGGCACUGCGGGUUGUGUUGCAUUCAAUGAUACUCUCUGCUUCGAGGUACAUUAGUGACGAGGAAGUUGCUGCAGCCGUAUUCGGCUCACCGCAGCAGCGAAUUGGGGUGAGAGACUGGAUCGUGUCACAGGCAAUGAAGCACCUUACCGUGGAGAGUUUGCAAGCUCUCAUCAUCGUCGCCUUCAAUGAUAUUGGCAGUGGGGAGGCAUCUCAAGCCUGGUCUCUUGUCGGCUCACUUACUCGGACGGUGGAGUAUCUACAGCUCACGGUUGAACACGACGAUGCCGAGAGGCCGUCAUUAUCUCAACCGUUCGUGUCACUUCCUCCGCCCAACAACUGGACCGAGGCCGAGGAGCGGCGGCGGGUGUUCUGGAACGUGUUCAAACUUGACCGUUUGAUCUCUGUCACAAUGGGCUGGAACACCAGUCUUACCUCUGACGACGUCCACUGUCGACUGCCAUGCGACGGAGUUCUUUGGCGGAAGGAGGACCGAGUGGUCACCCCUUAUUUUGGUAUAUGGGACAAGGCUGCCGGUAGAAUCGGAAACCCCAUUGCCUUCAUACCGUCCCACUAUGCGCAAACAUCACAAGCAGUCGCGGAAGAAGAGACCCAAACACCAUCCGAGGCCGGCACCUCGCCGGGAGCGCAAGUUACUAGCGUCGACAUGUCGACCGUCGGUGCGUUUGCUUACUGUAUAGAAGCGACCGAGUCUCUCAGCAGAGUCACCAGCUACUUCCUGCAGCAGAAGAUCAACAUGCGAGAUCAGAGAGACAUAAGUAGCUGGCUUACCAGGUUCAAGGAGCUCGACCUCCGUCUUGUGCACUGGAAGAUGCUGCUCCCUCAAAAGUGGAAGGCGAACAUGGCCCGCCAGUCAACGCGCAUGGAUCCGAACCUGACUCUGGCGCACGUCACACACAACACCUCGAUGAUUCUGCUUCACCAGCUCAUCGCCUUCCCGCCAAGAGAUUGGUCUUUCCGGGCCCGUUUGCCAAGUAUUUUGAGCAUUGACACGUGCCAAACGGCAGCUGUGGAAAUCGCUAUAAUCGCGGAGAACUAUCUCAAGCAUGCGCCUUCGACAAUGCCAGUAUCCAGCCAAUUCGCGUUCUGUAUUUAUGUCGCCGCCAGAGUACUGCUACUACGGUGGAGGUAUGACCUCGGUGGAGAGCUUGUGCCUGAAUUCUGGUCCCUGGUACAAAUCCUAGAUGAGAUGGCUAGUCGUUGGGCCGGUCCUCACAGCCUGGAACCGGCGAGGGAUAACCUCGCCGGCAAGUAUUCCCGGAAGCUCACCGAGAUGCAUUCUAGAUGCCGCGACGACGCGUCUUUCAACAUCAACGUGUUGGGCUACACGACUGAGAUCGACCACACCAGCUUCAUGAAUCCGCCCGCCUUUCCUCAUUCCGCACGCAGUGGCGCCGUCCAGCAAGCAAUACCAGAGGCUAGGUCCAAUGGUGGCAGGACUGACCAGCAGAAUAACGGUAUUGGGCCAAGCAGCAACGUCGACAUGGUUGUUACGCAGCAGUAUGUCAACAAUAGCUCAACAAUAAAUCCCAACCAGCCGCCAAGUGCGAUGCUGGUGCAUCCUCCUAGGAUGGAGAUGAACGGCGUCGAGCCCAUGCCUCAGCCCAACAUGUAUCAUAGGGGUAGUGUCGGAAGCGGCGAGCUGAGCAAUAUUUCUCAGUUGCUUUUGGAUCAAGAGUUUGUCGAUAUGGACAGGAUCAUCAGUUUUGACGACGGCAUCUUCGGCACGGAAUACGAAGGUGGGGGAUGGUAA